AUGCCAUCUGAAGAACCGCCAAUUAUUGACUUCAGCCCAUUCUAUGGUUCCGAUGAUUCAAAAAAAGCGGCGCUUGUAGAGAAAAUUCGAGAAGCUUGCGAACGCUUCGGGUUCUUUCAGCUGAUCAACCAUGAGGUCCCGUCGACUCUUCAACAACAAGUGAUCAAACAAAGCAAAGAGCUUUUUGAGCUACCUCUAGAAAUAAAGGAAAAGUACGGGAAAGACGUUGGAGGGUACAAUAGAGGAUAUGAAUGCCUACGAUCCCAAAAUUUUGAGAAAAAAGGAAAGGGAGAUCUGAAAGAGGGAUUUUACAUGGGGAAGAAUCUUCCUCUCGACGAUCAAUAUGUAAUUGAAAAACGAUUCGGCCAGGGGCCCAACAAAUAUCCCGCGGAACUCCGCGACCCGAAGGAGUUCCAGCGUGUGAUGGAGAGAUAUCACGAAAUGAUGACUGCACUAGCAGUAAAUCUUCUCCAGGUCUUGGCAUGCACGUUGAACCUAAACACGAACUUUUUUGAUGAUUUCUGCGAGCAUCCGGUGGCCGCUCUUCGGCUUUUGCACUACCCGCCGCAAGACCCAGCCGCAACCGAGGUAGAGAAGGGCAUUGGCGCUCACACGGACUUUGGCGCCAUAACAAUACUUCUUCAAGAUCAGACAGGUGGUCUGCAGGUUUGGAAUAACCUUUCCUCGGAGUGGGUGGACGUGACUCCGAUUCCCGGGGCUUACGUAGUGAAUUUGGGAAAUAUGAUGAUGCGCUGGACAAAUGAUCGCUAUUUUGUUCCAUUCUUCUUCUCCGGGAACCCGAACUAUACGGUCGAGUGUUUGCCUAGUUGCGUCGAUCCACAGAUGGGAGGCAAAUACCCCCCGGUCAUGGUGCAUGACUGGAUGAGCGGACGCUUUGCGGAUACCUACGGAUCCUCGAAGGACGAGGCAUUCGGAGACCUCCGGCAAGAUGUUGUUGCUGGAAUAGAUGCCAAUAGAGUUUAA